AGAGCACAUCUAGCCUUGCAGUACGCGUCGAGAGUCCACUACUGCUGUCCCUUUUCUUUGUCCGCUGACGGCGUGCACGCGGCCCCGCGCAGAGGACCGAGCCAUCUUGACCGCUUUCGCCUGCGGAGACGUCGAACUGGAAAGCUUCUUUUUGGCGCGGUGAUUGGACGCGACACACACUCGCCCGUCGGCCACGAACAACACUCGCACGCGGGCACGUGUUGACCAGACACGACUUGGGCUGACCAGCAACGUCGGUGCAGAGCGACAGUCCUCCAGCAGACACACCUCGUCGCCAGACCGCAGCGGCUGAAAGGAGCGGCGGAGGAGAAACAGACCUCCCACCACCACCGCCCUCUGCUACACGUCCGCUUGAGCCUCGAGCUCCACCACCGACCGCAAGAUGCCUUGCUUCAAAGGCCUUGCGGUCAGCAUACACACUGCUGACGGCCCCAUUGCCGAGCACUCGAUUCAGAAGCAGACUCGUCAAUCGCGCAUCACCACAUACAUCCCCGUGCCCCCCGCCAAAGUCCCCUCUGGCUCGACAUCAGGCAAGCCGGAGCAGUCCACCUUCGCGAUCAGCAUCACUCUCCUCACACCAGGGCUCAAUGUGCCGUACUCGACUCCGAAGCCCACGAUCGAGGAUCCCUAUCCGCGGCCACGCAUAGUGGGGAACCUACCAGGCGAGGGGAGCGAGAGAGGCAAAUACCAAGCGAGCGUGCCGCCAUACGUCCCGCGAACAGACAAUCCCAACGAGACCAUAGCCGCGUAUAUCUACUUCGAUGGGCGUGCGAAGGAGGAAGUAGCAACGCUGCUGAGGAGAGGGGAAGAGACGUGGGUCAACAGUCGCUGGGUGAGCGUACCAGAGUCAGAGGGUGGCGGCCUUGCCGAGCGCGAAUUUCUGUUCAGAGAAGUUGGAUUAGAGCGGUGGCUCAAUGGCUUGGAUCUGGAGGGCACCGACCAGGCAAAGAAAGAGCGAAUAGAGCGUCGGCAGAAGAGAUUGGAGAAGAAGCGACAGAAGAGGAAAGAGGAGAAGGGCAGCGAUGACGAGGACGUGAAACCCAAUAUCAUGAGACGCAAUGGCGUUCUACGAUAUGGCGGCGAGGACGGUUCGGUCGAAGACAUGCAAGACGACGAUGGCCUCUUCUCCUCAAAUUCUGACUCAGAGGAUGACCCUCCAGAGCCCGAAGCAGCAGGCCAAAUCAAGGUCGCCCUGUUCCGAGUGCUCGCGAGUGGUGAAAUCAAGCGAGGUGAAUAUUCUCCGCAGUUCGAUGCUCACGACGACGACAUGGAAGCCGGUGGGGAUGCAGGAGGGGGCGAAGACGUGGAUCACACAACGAGCUUUGCAAAGCCAAAGACACUGGACCCAAAGACCAUCAGCACUCAGACUGUGACAGGGCUCGACCCCCCAGAGUCACCUUAUGCGGUGUUCACGUUCUUCUAUCGUGGCGAGAAACAGCUUAGAAAGAUGGGUAUCUUGUCAACGCCAGCCUCAGAGCGAACUCCGCAAUCGAGUCGACGUAGGAAGUCCUCGGUCACGGAUUUCUCUAAGCUGGGCCCUCUCAAAUCGCAGGGCACGAAGGGUUUCUCAGGGUACCGAGACUCCACCACAGCCAAGCGCAAAGGCAAGGAAAAGGAUGUCGACGCAAUGGACAGCGAUGCAGAUGACGAGGAGGACGAGCGAUUGCCAGAUGGUAACGACGACAUUGACGGCAAGCAGGAGAAUGGAAGCACUCACCUUUCGCCGGAGGAUGCCAAGCGCACUAACGAAGUUGCUGAGGGUGUGCAGAAAAUCAAGCUCAAGCGGCAGCAUUCUGUAGACCCGGUCGGUGACCCGAGCGCAUUGCGCAAGCCACCACAUGUCAAGAGUGAAGAAUCGACAGAUGCUGGAACACCACAAUCAAUCAACUCCGUCGCUGCCAACGCUGGCACACCUCCAAAUGGCCUUGCUCCUCCUGCAAACGACGGAUCAGAUGCUGUCGCUAGUCCAUUCAAGCGACAACGAGCCAGUAUGCCUGGGCUUAACAAUGGCAUGUUCACGAGCGAAGCUGGAUUCUUGCCCUCCACUUCUCUUAGCGCACCCACAGAUGCAGAGCAUCCGAAAGCAACAUCAACUCCAGAGGUCAAACUAAACGCGCCGAAAGAUGAUGACAACAUAGACGAAGAUUUGUGACUGCGCCACCACCGUGAUCGUCCUUCGGCACGAUUUUUGACCAGAUUUGAAUGAUGAUGGGUUGCAAAAUGUGCUCAUUCUCAGCGAGGUCCUGGAAAUUAUGGCCUUAGGCGACAUCCCAAGUCCAUCACGGAGCAUAUCCAGCGAGGCACUCGCACAAACCUUACGCCAAGUCUGACUUUGAUGGGAUCUCCUGGGCAUUCUACUCAACCAUCGCAUCUGCGAUAGGUCAAAGGGCGACGGCGAAAGAGGCUGCACACGUAUGUCUGCUGCGAAACAUCACCAGAGCCGGUUGUCAAGAGAUGGCACCUCCGGCGCACUUUUGAAUUUGACAGGCAGCGCGCUGCUUCUCUUGAAGGGGUCGAUGGAAGCGCUCUUCAGCUCCGCUCCUCCAGUUUCUUCUUAUUCUCUUAUUCCAGACUUCUGCAUGACGAGGAUAAACGGCUUUGAAAAUUACGGAUGGGAAACCAGGAUACCCUCUUCGCCGCACGCAGAAAUACAUAGAUGGCCAUAAAACGAUCACUUUCGUGGAACUCGCUUCUCGUUUACAUUUCUUCCACGGCUUCUACAUCCUGGCGCCUGUGUUCAACUUGCCUUCAAGACCCUUACAGCUGAUCAUGACGGGUUGGACAGAGGAGAUUGCAUGGAUUCGUUGGAACAGUGCCGUUGGUCUUCAUGGUUCUUAUGUUGGAUGUGUGUGCGUCAGAGACAUGCGCGCCUUUCAAUAUGGCGCGACGAAUAGGUAGAUCGGAAUCGGAAGACACG